AUGGCCUUUUAUGGGAUGAUGAAGGACGAAUUCAAGCCCUUCACGCCGGCUUUCUGUAGUUCGUGAAGAGAUUUUAAUUUUGUUUCACAUAAUAUGUUUUUCAACUUUUUAAGCUUCAUGAAGUGUUUUGAUGCAAUUAGAGCAAAGUGGAAAAAAGGUUGAAUUUGGUUCUGAAUAAUGUGUUAGAAAAUUUGUAUUCCUUUAUUAACGCGUUUCUGAAGCUUCAGUUGGUUUUUUUUUUGAGUUAAUUUUUGGAUGAGCUUAAAUCGAGGUGUUUUCACUGGAAUAUGAAACGUGCUAGAAGAGAAAAAAACUGUUUCGGAGCAGGUUUGGGGACGCCAUUGAGCAAAGUUUUACUUUCUCGGCACGCCCCGGGAUUCUGGCUUAUAUUUUCGCCUUUCCAGUGGAAAGCCCUUUUUCAAAUGCGUUGUUUUUUGUAGUAUUUAUUAAUAACAUUUUUGCUCAUUUUUUGAACCUGUUUCAAGAAUUUUUUAGCGCGUGGUGAGAAAUUGUGCAUAAAAAAGUUCGGUAUUUAUUAGCUUCUAUGAACAGAAAGGCCAAAAAAAGAUUCACCGCCACCCGUACUUGAGUUCUGGGAAACGCUUCGUUUUUCUUCAAUUUGAAUCCAUUUUUUUCUCAAAAGAAACUGUUAUAGAAGAAGUGCUGGUGCGAGCUGCUCUCGACCCGACUUCGGGUAAAGUUUUGGUGGAAUCGGAGGGCAAGGCCGAGUGCCACGCGAAGAAAUCCACCAAAAAACACGAGGGAUCCACGACAAAGUUAGUUUUCAUUAAAAAUCCCGAACUGACCGAUGGAAAUUUGGUUUUGAAGGUUCCGAUUAUCGCCUUCCGGUCAUGUGACGGUCGACACGGAGAAAUUGUGGAACCCUUGGGCGGCCGAGUGUCAGUGCAAGGUGCUUAAAUGUUCAUUUUUCUGUUUCAGUUCGAUCUUUUUUAUUGAAAUUUGUAAUAAGCCGGCUCGAAGGUUUUUGAUUUGCUAAGUUUCGACAUAACUUUUAAGGGUUUUGGCGCUUUUUUGAGUGGAAUAAUGACACUUCUCUCUUUUAAACGCUCCAAAAUUAUCAUAAUCUCCUUGAAUAGUUUUUCAGGUUUCGAAGCUUUAUUUUAGCUUUAAUUUGUUCUUGAACUAGGCAGUUAUUACUUCUCGAAUAGUUCCUGAAGCUUUAUUCAGUGAAAUUAUGUAUGUUUCAUUCAGAAACGCUUUUGAGUUAGAAUUCAGGUUUUAAAAGCUUUGAUAAUGUCUGAAAUUUUGGAAAAUUGAAAAGGAACCUGAAUUUACUAUUUUGUAAGUGUGUCUCGAUGAUUCUUGCUUGUUUAAAACUUUUAUUCUCGAUUUCUCACAUUCAGGUUGUCGAAAAUUUAUUGAUUGGUGAUCCGCAAUCAUUUAUUCUGUUGGAAAACGUUGUCGCGUCGUUCAAAAGGCCUUGCGUCUUGGAUUUGAAGAUUGGGACGAGGUGAAUAUUGAACCACUGGUUUUUUUUUUCAAAUAUUACUUUCUUAGGAAAAUUUUUGAGUAUUUCUAGAAUUGUGAUAACUCGUUUUGAUGUUGUGCAAAGCAAAAAAAAAAGGUUAGGAAUAGGUUUUGCGAACCUUUUCAAGUGAGAAAAGAAAAAAUAGUUGAUUUUGCAUUUCCAACUCAUUGUAUUGUUGUCUUUGUAGCAUUGCAGGAAAGUUUUUGUUGAGUUGCAAUAUUUUCUUAUUUUCCUUCUGCAGACAACACGGCGACGACGCAUCCGAUGCGAAAAGAAAGCGCCAGCUUCUGAAGUGCAACAUGUCGACGUCGGCGACGAUGGGCGUCAGAUUGGUCGGAAUGCAGCUUUAUGAAGCUACUACCAAGGUUUUCAUUGAUUUUAUCAUACAAAUAUUUCUCUAAUUCUCAUCAAACUGAACAAAUGGUAGGAAAUUUUUAACUAAUUUUCUUUUUAUUCUCUCUAUUAUAUUGCUCGAUAUUCCUUUUUUUUUUCUCAACUCCUUCAAAAUAAACGGAAAUGUUCGCAUUUUCCUAUGCAUCCGGGACAACAAAUUUCAAAAGGAAACGUCUUUUUUUCCCCCUUCAUUUCGGAUGAAUGCGUUUUCUUUCUCUUUUUUUUCUGUUUUCGAAGAGACCGGAAAGCAAAGGGAGAAUGAUUAAGUAGCUUUAGGGAGAGGAAGAAAAAUAGAAUGUUUUAAAAAAUUCUUUUGGGUGAAAAAAAAUUCCACGAUUUUGUGUGCUUCAAGUAUGCCGUAUAUCGUUUGGAAUCGACAAAGAAACUCCAAAAAUACUUUUCCCAGUAUUGAAACUCUUCUGAACACAUGAAGAACUUUCCAAUCAAAAUUCCCAAAUUGAUUGAGUUUUUGAAGGUUUAUACCUACGUAGAGAAGCUGGAAGGCCGAAAAAUCGACGCCUCGCAGUUCGGAACCUACGUCAGGCGGUUCGUCAAAGCGUGCGGCCACGCCAGAGCGUCGAGGAUCCGGCAAAAGUAAAAUCAAUCGAUAAAGUCAUUGUCUGUCUUCGAUUUUUCAAGAUUGCGAUCCUUGAAAGAGCUCCUGAACGAUUCGGAAGGCUAUCGGUUCUUUUCGGCGUCGAUUUUGGUGGCGUUCGACGCCGAGGCGGCCGAUUCGUCCAACGAGGACGCCGUCCGCGUCAAUAUCAUCGAUUUCGCCCAUUCUACCUUCUCUGGCUUCUUCAAUGUGUGUAAAAAGUCGUUUUACUGUUUCAUAAUGGCCUGUGCAAAGUGAUUUCCGCGAAGCUCAAAUAUAUCCCUGCAAAAUUUAAUCAUCUUUUUAUUUUCGGAUGGGUGUUUCGAAUUUUGUUGAAUCAAUUUGAGCACGGUAUAAUAUUGGAAAAAGUUUUUUUCUUUUUCGAAGACCGUUCCGAGGGAGAUUUUGACAUGUCAUUUUACUUUGUGGGCCAGUUUUCUGAAAAUUGGCCCGAACACUUUUUGCUCUACCAGGUGAAGAUCCUAAAAGUCUCAACCUGCAUAACUUCCUAGUUUUCGAGAAAUAAGGGCUCAAGUUCUCGAAAUAGCCUAUUUUUAUGGAUUUUGAGGGUUCCCUUUGACAUUAAGGCGUCUUUUCUCAAGAACGAGGAAGUUGUGCAGUUGAGACUUUCAGAAUCUUCUUCUGGUACAUCAAGGAGCUUUCUGGCCAACUUUCAGGAAACUCCUAACCGCGAAGUAAAAUGACCUUCCUUGUCAGAGCUACUUUAACAUUUUUAGAACCCUUCCCGGAAGCUUCCCUUUGAUACGCGUAGCCUGUCAUUUUUCGAGUUUAGUUUCCACGACUAACUUUCCGAAACUUUUCCCUUUGUUUUGCUGGGUAUUUUCAACCAAGAGCUUACAAAUCACUAUUUUAGUUGUUUCAUCGCUAGUUUGGGGUAAAUUUCAACGAUUCAACGACUCAGCUAUCGAAAACCGUAUAUCACCUGUUCAACGGUGGUUUGAACUAUCGAAAAAAAAACGCUCUGUGGAUAGCUCACUUUCUGAUUGGUUCAUAGGGCCAUUAGGAUCGGAGCUUGAGCGAAGAUUUGAUUUUCAAAAUCAGAACAGACUAUAAACAGAUUUUUGAGAAUACUACGCUGAAAGAGAAAAUAGUAUUGCUUAUUCAAAGCUUGUUUAAGAAAAGUUCCUCCAUUGACCAAGGUCUUGAUUGAAGAUUCAAAUACGAUUCUCGCUUCAAAAUCUUGGCGAAGUACUGAAAUAAUUUUUCAGGACAAGAUCUACGAAGGGAUCGACGAGGGAUGCAUUAUGGGCAUCGAGAGCAUUUUGGAAGCCAUGGAGCCGUCUUGUCCGAUUAGUGUCCGUUCUGAAUCUUCAUUUCGAAAUUAAUUGAUUUCUUUUCAGAAGGAAAGCUCCCCGAAAUUGGCCGAUUUCUAUGCUCGCGAGAAGGAGAAUGCGUCUUUUGAGACCCGUUAA